AUGCGGCUCUCAAGUCUGACUGGGCUCCUCUCUGCCGCCCUCUCCAUCUUGCUCUCUGCAGCUCCGGCCUCCGCCCAAAACUACCCACCUCCCGGCACCUGCCUCGGCAACUGCUACGCCCGCGACCCGGCCUUCAUCAAGCGCAGCGAUGGAAAAUACUUCCGCUUCACCACUCGCGACCUGAUCGGGAUCCAGACCGCCACCGACAUCCGCGGGCCCUGGACCAGCGUUGGGUCCGUUAUCCAGGGCCGCAGCAUAAUUAACCUCCCCGGCAACACGGAGCUCUGGGCGCCCGACAUCUCCCGAGUCGGCGACCUGUACUACCUCUUCUACGCGGUUAGCACGCUCGGCAGUAAGACCUCGGCGAUCGGCUACGCGACCUCGCCCAGCAUGGAGCCCGGCACAUGGACGGAUCGCGGCGCCGUGCUGACCAGCGGGCCGGACUCGCCGUACAACGCCAUCGACGCCAACCUGUACCACUCCGCGGACGGCAGGGAGCUGCAUCUCCAGUGGGGCUCGUACUGGCAGGGGAUCUACACACAGCCAUUGACCAUCUCUGGCACGUCGGUGACGCUCAGGGCCGGCACGAGUCCAAAGAACAUUGCGUACUUGCCUGCGGGCAACCAUCCGCAGGAGGGCGCGUUCGUGUACCUGCAGAACGGCGCGUGGUGGUUGUUCCUGAGCAGGGGAAGGGCCGGGCAGUAUGGCGACGACCCGGCCAACUUCCCCGUGGCCGACGCGUACAAGAUCUUUGUAUGCCGCGGGGACUCGCCCACGGGGCCGUUCUUUGGCAAGCUGGGCAGGUCGUGUCUCGAUGGUGGCGGGACCGAGGUGCUGGCGACCCAGGGGAACAUCUUUGCGCCUGGUGGGCAGGGCGUCUGGCAGGAUGACGUGCACGGGGACGUGCUGUACUAUCACUACUUCAACCGGAACAUUGGCUACGGCGACGGCGACGAAAGGUUUGGGUGGAACGUGCUCAAGUGGAUCGAUGGCUGGCCAGUGGCGGUAUGA